UACAAUAAACACGGCGGUCUGCGGGUGCGCACGUAAAGAGCGCGAGUCGUUCAAUCGUCAACGCUGAGCGGUCAACGACGAGUACGGGGUGCAGAUAAAACAACCAAUAUGGGGACGAUACUGAAUAACGUGACACGUUACUACCACUACAUAAAUGAUGACCUGGCCGAUACACGAACGAACAGCUUCUGGUUGGUAUCGAACCCGAUACCAAUAUGUAUAAUAAUGUUCCUGUACCACCGAUUCGUUCACUCCUGGGGACCGCAGUUCAUGGCGAAUCGUCCGGCUUACAAGUUGAAAAAUACAAUCAUAGUGUAUAACAUAGUCCAGAUCUUCUUAUCGGGACUCAUAACCGUUAAGAGCAUUACAUGGCUGUACCUACCAGGCUACUACAAUAUUUGGUGUCAGAAAAUAAACUACGAGGACAACGAAGUCGAGAGGAUGGUCAUUGAUUACGUGUAUCUGUACUACGUCAUCAAGAUCAUCGACUUACUUGACACGGUAUUUUUCGUGCUACGAAAGAAGUUUAAUCAAGUAACGUUUCUCCACGUGUAUCACCACUUGGGCAUGUGUCUGCUGGGCUUCAUUGGGACGAAAUUUGUGCCGGGUGGUCACGGCAUUAUGCUGGGGUUCAUUAAUUCGAUUGUUCAUUCUGUAAUGUAUACCUACUACUUGAUAUCAAUUGUCAGACGGGAAUGGGUCAGGAUAUGGUGGAAGAAAUACAUAACUCAGCUGCAAAUAUUGCAAUUCCUGCUGCUGAUUCUGCACUUUGGCCAUGUGAUCUUCGAACCCUCCUGCGCGUACCCGAAGUGGGUGUCGUUUGUAUUUUUACCCCACAAUAUAUUUAUAUUGAUUUUGUUCACGGACUUUUAUAUCAAAGAGUACAUUUAUAAAAAGAAAAAAUAAGUGAAUGUAAUCAUUAGUAA